AUGACCCAAGAUACCACCACCAACACCCCCACCAGCGGAAAUGUCACCAUCCCGUUGAUCGAUUUCAGCCUCUUCGCCACCAAUCCCGAGGAGUGUGCCCGUCAAGUCGGCGAGGCUUCCCAGAACAUCGGCUUCUUCUACCUCACGAACCACGACCUCCCCCAAGAUCUCAUCGACAAGAUGUUCGACUCCAGCGAAAAAUUCUUCCAGCGUCCCCUCGGGUCUAAGACUAAGCAUAUGAUCGGACCCGAUAACACCGGUUACUCCUCCAUGAAAUCCGAGACCCUUGAUCCCGAGACCCAGACCCAAGGAGACUUGAAGGAGGCUUACAAUGCGCGCAAGUGGUCGAUUGAUGAUGACAUUACCCUCCACUUUGCUCAGGGCGAUAAAGAGCUUCAGGCCAGAGUCGGAGAGUUUUUCAAGGGCCUUCACAACCUGGCAAGAAAUGUCAUGCAGUGCUUUGCUAUCGCUCUCCAGGUCCCUGAGACUGCUGGCGGACGACAUUACUUUGACGGAAGCCAUCAGUGGGAGGCCAAGUCGGGCACCACACUCCGUUUCUUGCACUACCCCCAGCAAACCGGUGAUCCAAACACACCUUUGGCCGGAAGCCAUACCGACUAUGGAUCGAUCACUUUGUUGAUGCAAAAGGAUAUCGCCGGCUUGGAGGUCCAGGCAUCAAGAAUCCACAAGAAUGUCCCUUGGGUGGCGGCACCUGUGAUCCCAAACACCAUCCUGGUCAACAUUGGGGAUCACCUGCAAAUGUGGACCAAUGGCUUGUUGAAGUCGACCAAGCACCGUGUGAUGUAUAAUCCUCAGCAGCUGAACCAUUCCCGCUACUCAAUUGCGUGUUUUAUUCAUGCGAACGAUACGACCAAGCUGGAUCCUAUCCCUACUCCGUUGAUUACGCAGGAGAUGCGCGCAGAGGGUGUUGAGUUUGAGGAGGGACGCAAUAUGACUGCUGGCGAGUACCUCGACUGGCGCCUUGCCCAGACCUACAACUUCAACUUUGGCGAGAUCUCUGGGGGAGCCAUGUAA